GGCCCAACGAAAGCACUGUUUUCCUUGUAUUCAUUAAAAAGGAAAUAAAUAAAAUAAAUAAAGAUAUAAACAGAAAAGCCAACGUCUCUGUGUUCCUGUGCAUGUGAUCCACACCUUUGUUCGUUUUUUUUUUUUUUUUUUUUUCUGGUUGUUUCCAGAGAAAAUUUUGGAUCGAAAAUCAAAACUUGAGGCAAAAGAAAAAAUGGGUUUGAUUCAAGUUGUCAAAUCAAUCAAUUGGGAACAAGAAGCUUACCCUGCUUAUGAAGAUUUCAUUGUACUUCCUUUCUUUGUUCUGUUCUUCCCUUCUGUUCGAUUCUUUCUCGAUAGAUUCGUCUUUGAGAAAGUUGGAAGGCGGUUGAUUUUUGGAAAGGGACACCAGAUGCUGGAUACUAAUACAGAGGAGAGAAGGAGAAAGAUUAGAAAAUUUAAGGAGUCGGCUUGGAAAUGCAUUUAUUAUCUUUCGGCAGAAAUUCUGGCUCUCUAUGUAACUUAUAAUGAGCCCUGGUUUAAGAAUACAAGAUACUUUUGGGUAGGGCCUGGAGAUCAGGUCUGGCCUGAUCAAAAAAUUAAAUUAAAAUUGAAGGGACAUUAUAUGUAUGUUGCUGGAUUUUAUACAUACUCUAUAUUUGCUUUGAUUUUCUGGGAAACAAGGCGUUCUGACUUUGGAGUCUCAAUGGGUCAUCAUGUUGCAACAGCCAUCCUCAUUGUGCUAUCUUACAUAUUUAGAUUUGGCCGUGUUGGUUCAGUUGUUUUGGCAAUUCAUGAUGCUAGCGAUGUAUUUCUGGAGAUAGGGAAGAUGGGCAAAUAUAGUGGUGCCGAAAGACUUGCUAGCUUUGCAUUUCCAACUUUUGUAUUGUCUUGGGUCUUGCUGCGCCUCAUAUACUUCCCUUUCUGGGUCCUUUGGAGUACAAGUUAUGAAGUUGUCCAGACAUUGGACAAGGAAAAGCAUCCAGUGGAUGGACCAAUUUGUUAUUAUCUGUUCAACACACUUCUAUUUUGCCUGCUUGUGCUUCAUAUUUAUUGGUGGGUACUCAUGUAUCGAAUGCUUGUCGAACAAAUCCAAGCAAGAGGCAAAAUUAGUGAAGAUGUUAGAUCAGAUUCUGAAGAUGAACAUGACGAUUGAUCUAGAAAGAAGAAAUACUGCAUUAAAAGGAUGGCUGAAAAGUUCUUCUGCAGAUGGAGAACAACCCUGAUUUACACAUUGUAUUCUUUGUAUGUCCUUGUAAAGGGAAGUUUAAUAUUGUUUGGUGGUGAGGUUCGGAAGCAUUUCAGAGGGUUCGGAUUGAAGAGAA